CACCGUCCGCCCGCAGGCGCUGCCCAAGCCACCGAGCCGCUGGAGCCGCGGGCCGCGGGACAUCGCGGGCCAACCCCAGGAUGCUCCCCUUCGCCUCCUGCCUGCCCGGGUCUCUGCUGCUCUGGGCGCUUUUGCUGUUGCUCUUGGGGGCAGCGUCUCCCCAGGAUUCGGAGGAGCCCGACAGCUACACGGAAUGCACAGACGGUUAUGAGUGGGACCCCGACAGCCAGCACUGCCGGGAUGUCAACGAGUGCCUGACCAUCCCUGAGGCCUGCAAGGGUGAAAUGAAAUGCAUCAACCACUACGGGGGCUACCUGUGCCUUCCCCGCUCCGCUGCCGUCAUCAACGAUCUGCAUGGCGAGGGACCCCCACACCCGCUGCCCCCAGCUUCCCACCCCAACCCCUGCCCCCCAGGCUAUGAACCCGAUGAGCAGGAAAGCUGUGUGGACGUGGACGAGUGCAACCAGGCCCUGCAUGACUGCCGUCCCAGCCAGCAGUGCCAUAACCUGCCUGGCUCCUACCAGUGCACCUGCCCUGAUGGUUACCGCAAGAUCGGGCCUGAGUGUGUAGACAUAGAUGAGUGCCGCUACCGCUACUGCCAGCACCGCUGCGUGAACCUGCCCGGUUCCUUUCGUUGCCAGUGUGAGCCGGGCUUCCAGCUGGGGCCCAACAACCGCUCCUGUGUGGAUGUGAAUGAGUGUGACAUGGGGGCUCCGUGUGAGCAGCGCUGCUUCAAUUCCUAUGGGACCUUCCUGUGUCGCUGCCACCAGGGCUAUGAGCUGCACCGGGAUGGCUUCUCCUGCAAUGAUAUCGACGAAUGCAGCUACUCCAGUUACCUCUGCCAGUAUCGCUGUGUCAACGAGCCAGGCCGCUUCUCCUGUCACUGCCCGCAGGGCUACCAGCUGUUGGCCACACGCCUCUGUCAAGACAUUGACGAGUGCGAGUCAGGCGAGCACCAGUGCUCCGAGACCCAGACCUGUGUCAACUACCAUGGGGGCUACCGCUGCGUAGAGACUAACCGCUGCGUGGAGCCCUACGUCCAGGUGUCCGACAACCGCUGCCUCUGUCCGGCCUCCAACCCACUGUGCCGGGAGCAGCCUUCGUCCAUCGUGCACCGCUACAUGAGCAUCACCUCGGAGCGGAGCGUGCCCGCUGACGUGUUUCAGAUCCAGGCGACGUCCGUCUACCCCGGCGCCUACAAUGCCUUUCAGAUCCGUGCCGGAAACUCGCAGGGGGACUUCUACAUUCGGCAAAUCAACAAUGUCAGCGCCAUGCUGGUCCUCGCCCGGCCCGUGACGGGCCCCCGGGAGUACGUGCUGGACCUGGAGAUGGUCACCAUGAACUCCCUCAUGAGCUACCGGGCCAGCUCUGUACUGAGACUCACCGUCUUCGUGGGGGCCUACACCUUCUGAGGAGGGGGGACCCUUUGAUGACAUAAACUCGACUCAAAGUUGCAAUGCCCAGUGAGUCCACCUCCUUGGCAGCCUUGGUGCUCCACGAGCCUGAGGAACUCAGCCUAAAACCGGACCAGAUGGUCUCCCCAAUUCCUGCCUGGCUAUUUUACAAUGCCCCUGGGGCCUGGCGCCUCUCCUCCGUAACACAUAAAACCGUGAACGUUUAUGAUUUUUAUUGUAGCCCAAAAGAUUUUGGUUAAAAGGCUGGCUAGCAGCCGAGUGGGGGAAGGCAGAGGCCCAUCUCACAGCACGGCUCAGGUCAGGGGACCACAGUUACAGUAGAGCUGGGACAAGGUCCUGCUCAGAACAGGCCCCAGAUUCCUGCAGGGAGAGAGGCAGGUGAGGUCAGACCCUGUGCCUCAGGCAGCCCCGGCCCCCUGGCACUCUUUCCAAGUCUGUCCCCUGCCCUCACCUCUGCAGAUGCCCACAUUUAAUGGUACUCAGCAGCAUCUCCUGCUCCUUGGGAGUGGCACAGGCAUCAUAGGCAGCCAGGAGGCUGGGGGUGGGGUGGGAUGUUGCAGUUUCUGAGGCUUGACCAUGGCUGGCUGCUGGCCCACUCGGAACCCAGCUCCAGGCCAGCACCAUGGACGAGAAAGCAGGAAGGGGUCUGCAUGGGUUCUAGGGGUCAGGAUCACUGCCCCACUUCCUGAGCCUGGCACUCAAGGCCCUGGGGGCUGUCCCCUGGAGCUUGGGCCCAGCCUCACUCUCCUUUCCCCUCAGGGCCACACCCUGUGCAGCCACCCCUGGAAAACCCCAGGGAACCCUGAACCAGGGGCCAAACCCUCUACCUUUCUGCAGGAGCAUGAGGACAGGACCAGCAAAGGUGCCAAAAGCUCCUGCAGGAGAUGCUCCCCGAGCCUGGGCAUUCUCAGGCCAGCAAAAUGGGCCAUCUUCCGAGCCCAGCUCCCUCGCCUUCCCUCCAAGGAGCCUUCUCUGCUUCUCCAGGCCUAAUAGUCUCUCUCCUACCUGUGGCCUCCCCCAGUGUUUAGGCCACGGUCUGGUCCUGGCUGGUUCUGUCCCUCUCCUGGCCCUAGUCCUGUGAACUACCUCGGGUUCAGCUGGAUCACCCAUCUCUGGGUCUGCACAGUCCACACAGAACCGGGCCCCCCACGAAGCACUGGCUGAGCUGAAUUUAAUGCAGGGACGGAGGGCCUACCUGGCAGGGGUGCUGUACCGAUUGACCAGGGCUGCCGCCUUCUCCCCACUCACUCCGCGUACCUGCAUCAGCUGACGGGCAAACACCUCACGGAUGGACUGUGCCUGGGGGGUGGGACAGGGACCAGGUCAGGGCUGGUCUGGGGCCAGCCACGUGCGGAGAAACCAGGCAGAGACAGUACCUUGUUCUUAAUGGCUCCUGCGUUGAAGUCACUGAAGGUUAGGAGUGAGCACAGAGGAUUUGGGGAGGGCCUGGCCCCUGGUUCAGGGUCCCCUGGGGUCCCCCAUGGGCGGCUGCAUAGAGUGUGGCCCUGAGGCAAAAGGAGAGUGAGGGACGGGUCAGAGCUCCAGGGGACAACCCCCACCCCGUCCUUGCGUGAUCUACGCAUCAGAGAACCAGUCUGAGAAGUGGGAAUACUACCCACCCCACAUCCCUCAGGGGAAUGGAGGCCAAUGCCCAGCAGGUACAUCUGCUCACCUGAUAGAGUCUCUGCAGGCCCCGUGUCAAGAGAGCCAGGUAGGCAGCUGACUCCUUAAUGUCUGCUGUGCGCUUCACAAAGAACCCAUCGAUAAUCUGGGGAAGGGGGCCCAAGAGAGGGAGGGGGCUCCUGAGCACAGCCACCAACCAUGAGGCCCGUGCCAACCUGGCCUGCCCUCCCCUCCAGCUCACCUGAGUGUUGGUGACAGCCUGCAGCAGGGUGCUCUCGGGAAGGCUCAGGUUGUGGGUGGAGCCAUGCUCCUCCACCAAGUAUACCCGGCGCCCCAGGCCGCAGCGCUUCAGCCGAAACUGGGGACGUAGGCAGAGGAGAGAAGGCUCAGAGUCACACACUGGUCCCGUCUUCAUCCCUGACCCGUCCAGUAGUCUCAAGGCAGCCGCUACCUUUUUACUCAUGCUGUGACUGAAAUCUCCUCCUGCCCUCCCUCAACAAGCUCAUUCUUUAAGUCGCUCUUCCAUCUGCACGUGGUCUCUCUGACUAUAGGACCAGCAAAGUGACCAGUAUGGGAUGUGGCCUGUGCCAUUCCCCUCCUGGAGAUCUGGGCCUUAUUUAUCCAAGACUGCAGGGCCUGGCUACUCAGAGGUCUUUACUGUGCUCCUCCAUCUAGCACAAGUAUCCUGCACACCUUCAUGCUGUGUCCCUAGUGGGCCUGCUCCCAGGGCUGUCCCGGAGCAGCUCUCCUGGGUGUGUGGCCAGCCCAGAAGUCCCCCUGGAUUCCUCCGGGCUGAGGAGGAAGCCCCAGAGCUGUGGGUGUGUCCUGCAGCAGGGAGCAGGGGUCACAGGGCGAGGCCAGUGAGCAAACCUUCUGCUCCCGGAAGCGGCCGUCAAUGAUGCUGCUGCACAGGUCAUCCAGCCGCUUGCGCUCCACGAUGUGGUCCAGCACGAGCUCAACAGGCCUCACUACCAAGGGGCCAAGGAGAGUCUCAUUGGCUCGUGUCCCCCCACCUGCCAGGCCUGCCUCUGACACCCACCCACCUAGGGCCCCUUACCUGGGUCUCUGGGCCUGGUCUCCUGUGCCACCCACACAAAGUCCCCAACGUGUAGCUUUCGGACUGUGUGGCUCACAUGCAGCCGCUGCAGCUCACGGAGCAGCUCUGGCCUGUGCCCAGCUCUGGAGUUUUGAGGCAGGGGCCUAGGUCAGGGCAGGCCAAGAGCCCCCCAGUAGCAUCCUGACUGCUCCCUCUCUCCCCACUGCUCACCCUGUGGUCUCGCUGACAUCCACACACAACAGCACCCUGUACUCGCCAGGCCCCAGCUCCAGCAGUGGCUUUUGGGCAGUCACUUCACUGGGAUCCCUGUGGGGAAAAGGGGCUGGUGUGUGUGAGGUAAGAACCCCAGUGCCAAGGCAGUCCCCUUCUCCUCCCCCUAGAAUGUGGAGCAGUCAGAGCUCAGCUAGGUCCGGAGGUGGGAGUGGGGAGCUGGCCUCAUUUCAGGGAGCCCUCAUGCUCCCCCACACCCCUCCCACUCACAGCUUGGACAAGCCUGCUCCCGGCACUUGUGGCUCCUCCCCAGCAGGCUCCUCUGGCCCUGUGCCCACAUUCACUAAGCUCAGGCCCUCCGACUCGGCCAGCUUCUGGGCCAAUUCCAGCCCCUCCGGGGUCAACGAAUACCUGGGAGAUGAAGAAGACGAACACAAGUCUCCCUUCUUCAGUCAGACUAGGCAAGCUCUCCUGCCCGUCCCCAACUAGGGUGGCCGUGCCACCCCCUUGGCAACCCUGUACAAGCAAGCUCAACCCCUCCCAGCCCUAAAAUGUAUAAUCAGCUUAGCUUUCUCCGAAUCUGCCCAGCACUACUUCUCAGGUCUCCAGUAAGUCCGUCCCAAGUCUUCUUUCCUCUGGGUUCCUGCUCAUGUUGUUCCUCCUGGAAUGCCUUUCCUGCAUCCUCUCCACUGAGUCCUACAGCAUGUCAACUGCCACCUCCUCAGCAAAGCCCUUUUGUUGCCCCAGUAACUUGUGGCACCCCUCCUCCCUCCCAGGCCCUCAGAUCCUCCAGGUACCCGGACAAUGUGGGACCACAGUGCCCGGAGUGAGGCCUGGGCCUUGCUGAAUGACUGCAAGCCCCACUAAGAAUGUGAAGUCUGCUCCCCACUCCCUAUAUCCCCUGCAGUUGGCCCCACCUGGCUGGCUGGUGUGUUCUGAGGACAAGGUUCCGGUGGAGGAGGGAUCGGAGAGCUGGCCAAGGUCGAACAUUGCCAGAGACCACCUGUUGACAGAGAAGGAAGUCCUCAGGGAGCCACUGGUGCCACUAAGUGGCCACACUCCUUCUGCCCCCAGCCUUGGGCCAAGCCCCACACCACAGCCCGCAUCUGAGAAGGGCAGUCUCUGGGGGGCUGAGGAUCAGACUCAGAGCCGCUCAGCCCGGUCUGCGCCUUACCUUAGUGCUCACCCUGGGAGCCUUCUGGGCACAUCUCUGCAGCAGCUCCUCCUUGGUUAGGAAACAGCAGCCACUAGGAUUCUGAAAUCAAGGUUCAGUGCCUGGGUCCCUCCACGCUGUGCUUACUCCCUUAAGCACCCCAUCGCCCAGCCCUAGUGGCUGGAUGUUCUUUACCACCUUGCCCCAGCCAGGCUUUUCAAUAGCCCCCGGCCCACUGCCUCUGCCCUGGUACUCACCAGGCGCUCCUGGUAGAGCAGCAACAGCACAGUGCGGGCUCCUGAGUGCCGGGCUGGCCAGUAGCUGCCAGAGCCUUUCGAUCUGGGCUGGGCUGGAACCUGAAGGGUACGGAAAGCUCUGAACAUGACAGCCAGUGCCUGUUGCAGAGUCCCUGGCGAGGCCGGGACACCUGAGGGUUCAGGUUCUGUUUCAGCAGGCCCAAAGCAAGUCACUCAACUGCCUCUCACACUCCUUAGCUGUAAAGUGGGCCAGAUAGUGGGAAUAUCCUCUGCAAAGCUGGGAUGUGGCAGUGGGCCAUUAUGGGGUACGGGACGGUGGGGGUUGCCUGGCCAAGCCUCAGUUCUCCUGGUCCACCAACCUGCGCUGCAAAACUCAGUAACAGCAACCCCUGCAACUUACUGGGCUGGGGUUCCUAAGUAGUUUAAUCACAGAACUCUACGGAUAACUCUACUGUCGAUAUUCUCACCUACACCCUAAAAAACUGAAUCUCAAAAUAACCACUUGCCUGAACCCAGGUAUCAUUAAUGUAGCUCUUUAAACACUGGCCUGCUUAAUUUCCACGUUUCCUCAAAGCAACCCACAUCCCCUGAGAAAGCCAACCACCAAGAGCUGGAAAUAUUACUUUCGGUACACCCACCUGCCUUGCCACUCCCCCUUGUUCUGUACUCACCGGCAGGGAAGGAUCCCGAGUUUCCGCAGGUGGCCCUUCCGGGGCUGAACUCUUCUCUCCAGGUGGUGAGACCGGGGCAUGGUCACCUGUGGGGGCGGAAGAGAUUCACUCCCGGACCCCACAGAAUCUGGCAGGCGGGGAGGAGCUGGGACGCUGCCUGCUCAAGCGGUACGGGAGAAGGGUGAGGCUCAGAGAGAGCCAGCCGCUAGUCCGAGGUCAGACAACGUGGACAGGAGUGGAGCGUUUGAAGCCAAGGUAUCCAAGGUGGGCACGAACGCUGCACCUGGUGCGGCAGAGGAAGACCGGCCCUCGCCCUUGGUGCUCACCGCCCGAGGCUCGGUGCUGCUGCAGCCGCUCGUCCAACAUCCGACAGAGCCCGUCUCCGAAGUGCUGGAGGAUCUUGGCUUCCUUUCCGCUGCGCAGGGGCAGCGGGUACCGCCGGAGGGAGCGCAGCGCCUGCGGGAGCAGGGGGUGCGGUCAGGCCGGCCUUGGGGUCCAGCUCGGCCAGCGUCCGCCCCAGUUAGGCCGGCGCGGACCCCACCUUCUGAAACACGAAGCGUGUGCGGCGCCCCCUGCUGGCUGCCUCGUCCCUCCACUCGGUCAGCCAGCGUACGAAGAGCGGGUUAGGGCAAACGGGCAGAGGCCGCUUCCGGCCCAGGCGGACCGGCGCCGCCAUGAGCCCUGGGGCCGGCCCUCGGGCGCCUCACGCCGGCGGAACUGGGACACCACCAGCUCCGGAGUUGGGAUUCGAAAACCAGCUCGGAGGAGGCGGGGCUUCCCCAGUCACGUGGUCCCACGCGGGCACUAACUGGGUGAUCGCCUCCCUUCCUCGCCCCCCGCCCCUGCACUAUUCUAAGUGGCCGGCUCAGAUUGCUGUCUCUACACCCCACUGCACUGAAUCAGCCUUUGGACGCACCCCACUUAGGACCCUGGAGCCUAGACCCCGCCCCUUCCUCCCACCCCAAAUUCGAGAGCGGGGCCCUAUCUGUGCAGGCGAGAGGAAGGCGGACAGCGCCCCUUGUGGCUGGGAGGACGGGCCGGGGACGUGUUUAACGGAGUAAUCUCAGCUUGGCUUCUUCAAAGUCCGCUGGCACUUUCAGCCUCACCCUUACAGAGGAUGGGGGAGAGGACUGGGCUGGAAAAGAGCCCAGAAGAGGUGGGGGAUGCAGGUAUAUUUUCCAGAGUGACAUCUAGGAGGGGAUGCAGGGCAUGAAGAUACAAAGCUAAGGCAGAAGGAGUUGAAGGAUCUUCGGAGGAAAUGAUGAUCACGGGCUGGGGGACACAGGGCAGAGUGGGCGACGUGAAGUCGGGGACAGGCAGAGAACACUGAAGCUAGGAGGACACGGGGGUCGGAAGACUGGUAAUAAGGGGACUUUAACUAGGAGGUGCUGCGCAUCCUGAGAGAUGGUGGCACGUGGCUGAAUUCGGGGAAGCAGAUAGGAGUAAGAAGCCCAGAGAAAGGUAGAAGGGGAGAAUGCUUCGUCGUUUCUGUGGCUCAUUGGAGAUGGGGAGCCCUCAGGGGGAUCGAUUAAAUGUGGGGAUUCUGCAAAGUGGCCCCAGGUUGAGGGGCACGUACAGAAAAUUGGACACAGGGAUCUCGCCAGGGGGUUGGAGCAGCCCAUAGGCCACCAGCUGUCAUGCCGGAAGUCGCGAGGUGCAGCUCUCGGGCCUGCGAAGGAGCUUCAGGUCCACCCUUGCAGACUCCGCCCAGCCCGAGAUCCAGCAUCCCCAGCCUGCUUAGGCCUCCCGCCUCCCGCCCGACGCGGCCUUAUAAGGAGCCUGGAGCCGGCAUUCGGGCUGGCUCCGCCCCCUCCAGUCUCAUGCCCUAAUAAGGACAUCUAGGGCAUCCUGCGGCUGGCGGCGGGCGGGAGAGCGUUUCCAGGGUAACUGCGAAGCCCCCUUCCCCCUCCUUGUUGCUCUUGGAAACUCCGAGGCUCGAAAUAGGUGGAACCAGGCUCCCCUCUGACUGGGGUGCUGGCGGGAGGCGGCGGUCGAGCUGUGGCCUCCACCUGGGCCUCCCGGGUGCUCGGCUGGUAGGUGGUGCUGCGGGAUGUCCCCGACUACAAUCUCCGGCAUGCUCUGCGAGGUACCCCACUCCCUGGUGUCGCUCCCGGGGUCUUGAAGACUGGGCUGCCUCCUACUACUUACACGUUGUUUUCUGCUAUGGGAUCAAGGCCACCAGUUCCGUUUAUGGGUAUGCCUCUGACGUGUUUGCGACCCUUGUCUUCUCUUCUUGCAGAGUGUGCAGUCUCAUGAUCAUCUUUCGGAGCCAACGAAGUCUAAGCACAUCCCAAACAGUUCCAUUUUAUUUAGGCGUAUGCGCCCACAGAGCUUGUGUCUCAGUUUUGCGGCUAUUAAUCAUCUACCUGGCUAUCAUAUCAACCUGAACGAGGUUCAAGUCUGGUUUAAUGUCUGUUUCCUUGCUGCCAAAUAAGAGAUACAAAGAAUCCUUGGACUGAAAUGCACAAACCCCUUUAUUGCCUCGUGAAUGAAUGACGUCUGCCAAGCACCUUUAAAUAAAGACAAAGCCCUCCUUUGAAA